UCAGACUAUAUAACUACAAGAUGUGAAGGAUCCAGAGGCUCUUCCACUGAGGACCUUCAAUCUGAGAUUUUUGCCAUGGGUGCCAUGAGACUCUGCUUCCUGCUCUUCUGUCUCUUCUUGACGAGAGUCUCUUCUGUGAAGCCGAGUGUCUGUUCUGUGAGAAAACUUAACAGUAUUGAGGACUUGACAAACACAAACUAUGCCGAAUCUGCACCACGUCAUGGACGCCAGUUAUUGUUCUGGUUUGCACAACGAGUGCUUUUUGAUCAAAACAACAAUAUGUAUUUAAAUUUUAAUCCUCGUGGAGGUGACUUUGGAUUUCACUGGUAUGGAAAUGAAGAGCGUGAUCUCCCCCAAUUAGAGAGCGGAGAGAGUUAUUAUUCUGUUGGCAAUCUACAUUAUCCUGAAGCCAGAGCAUUGCCAAAUUAUGUGCGCACAUAUUACAUAAGGAGUAGAGACUAUGUGCCAGAAAGAAACAUGGACAGGCUUAUGAUUGUAUUGAGACAAAGAUCAAACAUGAUAGCUAGAGUGUAUAUUACAGCACAUAACCUAAACAGAAAUGACUUUAAUCCUUCUGACACUUAUGAGAUUGAUCCUGAUCUGAUUUUACAAAUCAGAGAAAAUUAUGAUUGCAGAAAUUAUCUUUUCCACAGAACAUCAAUAAGUAGUAAUACAGUAGAGGAUAGAUGCCGUCUGUUUCUGGAAGAGACAAGAUAUAGCAGCAUUAACUGUAUAUUUAGCAGAGAUAAACGCUCACCCGAUUCCCAGUGCCAUACAGACGAGAAAAUUCAACUAGAGAUUAAAACAACUACACAAGGUUACGCAAAACUCAUAUGGGACAAUGUACCUAUUUACUUAAUUGAAAACGGAUUUGGAAAUGGAAACCUAUACAUUGAUAUUUGCCAAAACAUUUAUUCCAGUGAUACUAAUAAAGAUCCUAAGCGGGACAUGAAACAAUAUUUCAACAUUGAUAAAUCAUCUGGAGCUUUAGAUACCUUUGUCUUACUGAAUGCUGGACUCCAACCCCAACUACGACUGCAAAUGCCAUACCUCAACAAUGUAUUUUGGUAUGGCCCAGAGUUUGAUGGCGCUAAUAAAGUGCUCCCCGUCAGAAUAAGGGGAAAUGAUGCCAGUCUGCAGCUCUACGCUAAAGACGGCAAAGCCUGUGCUCGACUCUACAUCAAGAAAACCUUCAGCAACUGGAAGAACGCAUUUACUUCAUCAUGGGUGGGGUUCUACAAGAGUUCACUAGAUAAAAAUUAUGACUAUUCAACAUAUCAGUAUGCUGUGAAUUUUGCAAUGAUUGACAGCACUAGCACUGAAGAUUAUAAUGUUUACCAGUACGAUUCCAGUUUGCCAGUUGCUCCUGGAGUUCAAAUCCGUUUCCUCCUGGAAGACAAUUAUAAGCAUGUUCUGGCCCAAACUACUCCCUGGGAGAUGGAUGAAGAAUCAGUUUGUUAUGAAAGGGAACGUCUGCCUGAACUCCCAUCAUCCUGGUCUUUUCCAGAAUUCUUUUAUGAACCAGAAUUCUAUGAUGCAAACAAUGUCGUCCCUGUUAAAAUAAAGUGGUUUGAUGCUGGUCUGCAGCUCUUCACUAAAGAAGGUAAAGCUUGUGCUCGGCUUUAUAUAAUGAAGACCUUCACAGACUGGAAUAAAGGCUUCUACAACUCAUGGGUGGGGUUUUACACAAGUUCUCAAAAAGAAAAUAAGGGCUAUGACACCUAUCAAUAUGCUGUGAAUUUUGAAAAGAUGGAGGAUGGCACUAAUAUGUUUGAUUUUUAUCAGUACAAAUCCAGUUUGGUGAUUGCACCUGGAGUGCAGAUCCGUUUCUUUUUGGAAAAAGAGUAUUAUGAAUUAGUGGCAACUGAGCCCUGGAAGAGUGGUUUAAACUAAAAUAAAUAAAUACAUAUUCAGGUUAUGACAAACCUUAAAAGGUUUAAAGCUGCACAAUAUCAUUAACAGUGAACUUAGCUCUUCCAAAUUUAACAUAGAACAUAAAUGUUAUGAUUUGUAACAAUCUGCUGUCUGUAUCCUGAUAAAUAUGAUAAUUAACAUUGUUCUAACAAACACAUGCAGUGUUAAUCACACGUCUGUAAUAUUUUUUUUUAGUAAAAAAAUUGUUUUAGUAAAUAAAACAAAGAUUUUAUAUAUAUAUGUUUACUAUUAAAAUAACAAAUUCAAACAAGUUGUUUGUUUGUUUUGACUUGUUACAGCUGCACAGGCUGCACUGUAAACCCUUGCUGUAGAAAAAUGGCCAAAUUCUAAAGGUAACAUACCAUUUUCUAUACAAACAGUGAUAUACUGUAAAAACAAAACAAAAAACAAUGCAUUCUGGGUAAUAUUUGUCAUUUUCGAGAAAGAGGCCUACAGGAAUAUACUGUGAAUUAACAGAGCUCAUAGUGGACACUCAAAGGCUGUGUUCAAAAUCACACUCUAUACCCUCAUUCACUAUUCCCUACAUGAGUUUACUUGACCGAGUGAAUGAAAGGAAGUUUGAACACAGACCCUGAUGUACACCUGAUGAUAACAAGCAGAAUCACUGAAGGACAGAGAAAGAAGAACAGAAAAAAAGAGAAACAAUCAGAGAACAAGAACAACUGACUUCCAGCUUAAGCUUUAAUACUCGUUCACACUGUGUGAGAAACCAGUUUGGUUUUAUUGAAAAUAAAGUUUGUAGUUACCAUUAUGGAUUUCAGUGUUUUAGGUCAGUGCUUUAGUUGUGCCCUUGAACCUUGACUCUUACCAUGAGACACUUUCUGUCUACUGUACAUUUGUUACGACAAGAAGAAAUUGAUCAGGUGAAUUUGGUUAUGUUGUGAUGAUGAUUUAAUUACAGCACACUCAUCUGAAUUUCUGAUCUCAUCCAGUGUUAAGUCUCAAACUACAUGGGUGUUUUAUUUGUUGCAUGUUUAUCGAUAGCAGUAGUUAUGUGAUCCUACAGCAUGAGUUUGAACAAUGUUUUACUAAUCAGUAACUUUUUUUUUUUUUUUUUUUACAUUUUGAACCCUUGCAUUAGCCAGACACUCAGAUACAUCAACAAUCAGCACAGAAAUCUC